GCGAGUGCGUCUGUUGCUAAUGGACUGGUGAAAAUUGCAAAAAUUCACCAAAGUCAACAGGUUCUUCCUUCGCCACUAACGGGUCAACACAAUGCCGGCAUAUUUUCAACGACCGGAGAACGCUCUGAAAAGAGCAAACGAGUUCUUGGAGGUGGGCAAAAAGCAGCCAGCCUUGGAUGUUUUGUACGAUGUCAUCAAAAGCAAGAAACAUCGAACAUGGCAGAAGAUCCACGAACCCAUCAUGCUCAAAUACCUGGAGCUGUGUGUGGAUCUGCGCAAGAGCCACCUGGCCAAAGAGGGCCUUUACCAGUACAAGAACAUUUGUCAGCAGGUGAACAUCAAAUCUCUUGAAGAUGUUGUCAGGGCUUACCUGAAACUAGCUGAGGAGAAGACUGAGACUGCCAAGGAGGAGUCUCAGCAAAUGGUCUUGGACAUUGAGGAUCUGGAUAAUAUUCAAACUCCAGAAAGUGUGCUUCUGAGUGCUGUGAGUGGAGAGGACACCCAGGAUCGUACAGAUCGUCUGCUGCUCACCCCCUGGGUCAAGUUCCUGUGGGAGUCCUACCGCCAAUGCCUGGACCUGCUGCGAAACAACUCCAAGGUGGAGCGCCUGUACCAUGACAUUGCCCAGCAAGCAUUCAAGUUCUGCCUUCAGUACACCCGAAAAGCUGAGUUUCGUAAACUAUGUGACAACCUGCGCAUGCAUCUGGGCCAGAUCCAGCGCCACCACAAUCAGAGCACAGCCAUCAACCUGAACAACCCUGAGAGCCAAUCCAUGCACUUGGAGACACGUCUGGUGCAGCUGGACAGUGCCAUAAGCAUGGAGCUCUGGCAGGAAGCAUUUAAGGCUGUCGAGGACAUCCAUGGCUUGUUUGCCCUCUCCAAGAAGCCUCCCAAACCCCAGCUGAUGGCCAACUACUACAACAAGGUGUCCACUGUUUUCUGGAAAUCUGGGAAUGCACUUUUCCAUGCCUGCACCCUCCACCGACUGUAUCAUCUCUCCAGGGAAAUGCGUAAGAACCUCACCCAAGAGGAGAUGCAAAGGAUGUCCACCAGGGUGCUCCUGGCCACUCUGUCCAUUCCCAUCACUCCUGAGCGCACUGAUAUUGCUCGGCUCCUGGACAUGGAUGGUAUUAUUGUGGAGAAACACCGCAGGCUGGCCACACUUCUAGGCCUGCAGUCCCCACCAACCCGCCAGAGUCUCAUCAAUGAUAUGGUGAGAUUCAAUCUGCUGCAGUACAUUGUACCUGAGGUGAAAGAACUUUACAAUUGGCUUGAGGUAGACUUUCACCCACUGAAGCUGAGUGGACGAGUGACCAAGGUGCUGAACUGGGUGAGAGACCAGGCUGAGAAGGAGUCUGAUCUCCAGCAGUAUGUUCCUCACCUGCAGAGUAACACCAUCUUAAGGCUCUUGCAACAAGUUGCUCAGAUCUACCAAAGCAUUGAGUUCAGCCGUCUGGCCACCUUGGUUCCAUUUGUAGAUGCCUUUCAGCUGGAGCGCUCCAUCGUGGAUGCUGCCCGGCACUGUGAUCUGCAGGUCCGAAUUGACCAUACAACACGAACACUGAGCUUUGGCUCAGACUUGAACUACUCAACCAAAGAGGACUCUCCAGUUGGCCCAUUCUUGCAGAACAUGCCCUCUGAGCAGAUCAGGAACCAGCUGACUGCCAUGUCCUCUUCUUUGGCCAAAGCCAUCCAGAUCAUCAAGCCUGCUUCCAUUCUUCAAGAGCGUGAGGAGCACAGUCAGCAGGCCAUUGCUGCCUAUCUGAAAAACGCACGGAAGGAUCACCAGCGCAUCCUUGCUCGCAGGCAAACCAUUGAAGAGCGGAAGGAACGUUUGGAGAGUCUGAACAUCCAGCGAGAGAAGGAAGAGCUGGAACAACGGGAGGCAGAGAUGCAGAAGGUUCGCAAGGCAGAGGAGGAGCGCCUUCGCCUGGAGGCCAAAGAGAGGGAGAAGGAGCGAAUCAUGCAGGAGCACGAGCAGAUCAAGAAGAAGACAGUACGUGAACGGCUGGAGCAGAUCAAGAAGACUGAACUUGGAGCCAAGGCCUUCAAAGAUAUCGAUAUUGAGGACCUGGAAGAGCUGGACCCAGACUUCAUCAUGGCCAAACAGGUGGAGCAGUUGGAGAAGGAGAAGAAGGAACUUCAGGAACGUCUGAAGAACCAGGAGAAGAAAAUUGACUACUUUGAAAGGGCGAAGCGACUUGAGGAAAUUCCCCUCAUCAAAAAGGCUUAUGAGGAGCAGCGUGUCAAGGAUAUGGAACUAUGGGAGCUCCAGGAGGAGGAGAGGAUCAGCAAUAUGAAAGUUGAACGAGAAAAAGCCCUGGAGCACAAGAUGCGCAUGUCCAGGAUGAUGGAGGACAAAGAAAACUUUGUAUCCAAAAUAACAGCAGCCCGUAGCUUCAUUUAUGAGGAAAAACUGAAAGCAUUCCAGGAGCGUUUGGUGGAGGAGAGGAAGACGCGUUUGGAAGAGAGGAAGAAGCAACGCAAAGAAGACAGACGGAAUGCUUACUACCGUCAGAAGGAAGAGGAGGCACAACGUAUCCAUGAAGAGCAACUCAAGAAAGAGCGUGAGGAGCGUGAGCGCAUUGAGCAAGAGCAGCGUGAGGAGGAAGAGAGGGAGUACCAAGAACGCCUGCGCAAACUCGAGGAGCAGGAGCGGAAGCAGCGUGCCCGUCAGCAGGAAAUUGAAGAGCGUGAACGCCGCCGUGAGGAGGAGCGAAGGGCCCCAGAAGAGAAACAAGUCAAAGACUGGGGAGAGAAGGAGGAGGGUGGUGGAGGAGGAGGAUGGAGGAAGCGCACAGAAGGCGGGGAAUCGGAGUGGCGUCGUCCUGUACCUGACAGGGAAUGGAGACAGGAGGGCCGUGAUGAUGACAAGGAGGACAAAGAAGUUCCCUUUAGACGAGGAGAUGGCCUCCGCAGGCUUGGAGAUGACAGAGGACCCCGCCGGGGCUUUGACGAUGAUCGUGGCCCACGCCGCGGUGGUGAUGACGAUCGUCCUUUGCGCAGAGGGAUGGAUGAUGACCGCGGCCCACGCAGAGGUUUCGAUGAUGACCGUGGGCCAAGGCGGGACGAGGACCGUGGACCUCGACGUGGCUUUGAUGAUGAUCGUGGCCCUAGGCGUGGCUUUGACGACGAUAGAGGCCCCCGUAGAGGCAUGGACGACUCCAGGGGUCCAAGGCGUGGGGUUGAUGACGACUGGGGCCCCAGAAGAGUAGGGGAUGAUGAUAGAGGCGGCAGGAGAGGUAUGGACGAUGGACCUCGCCGUGGUGGUGAUGACGCUACACCUUGGAAACCCCUUGGCAGACCUGGUGGCUGGCGCGAGCGUGAGAAGGCCCGUGAGGAAAGCUGGGGCCCUCCUCGAGGUGGUGACCAAGACGAUGAAGAUGACGAAGAUGAGAGAUCCAGUGAGCGCUUCAGAGAGCGUCGUCCACAAAAGGAAGAGAGUGUGUGGCGCAGGGGAGGCACAGACGAGACUAUCAACUGGAGAGACUCUCGCCGUGAGGAAGCUGAUCGUGACGGAAGGCAAGAGGGUCGUGAUGAUCGCCGUGAUGAUAGGCGCAGUGAUCGCCGUGACCGAGAGCGCCGGGAUGAUCGUGAGCUCAGAGGCCCACCAAGAGAGCAGGAGGAAGGAGGAGUGUCUUGGCGUCGUGCUGGUGAAGAUAAGCGGGAGGAGCGAGACAGGGACAGACCCAGAGACAAAGAGCGUGAGCGUGAUACCGAGGGAGAGAAGAGCUGCUGGCGUUCUGACAAAGAGGGCGCUCGUCGCACCAAGAACGAGACGGAUGAUGAUGGCUGGACCACUGUCCGCCGCUAAGUCCCACUCACUGUCUCUGCCUGAAUUGGUUUUGAAACUUUCAGUAACUCAUCAGCCUGUUAGCCACAGUGUUGGAUUAAGCUUUUCUUCAUGCACAUUAAGAUUAUCUUGAAUUAAAUAACUGUAGACAGUAGUAUUCCAGGAGUUUUCUCCAUUUCUUUCUUGAUAUGAAGCAAUUUACUUCGAUAACUGCAGUGUUUGCAGUAAGAAAGAGAGGCUUUCCAACUACAAUGAAACUUAUGCAACUGUGUGAGCUUAUAUGGCCUAGUCCAGACACGGAUAUUUUUCUAAACUGAUAUUUUCCUCCUCCAUGUAAACCCCCUCCAUGGUUAAGGUAAUAUCCGGGUAAGCCAAUCAGAGGCAGAGUAGGGCGGUUCAUACCUUUGCCAUCCUAGGAAAGAAAAUAUUGCUCACGGAAGAUCAUGCCACUCAUUUGAAGUUGUACUCCAAGAACAGGCGUUCGGGUGCGCGGAGUGGGAAUGAAAGAGGCACCAUUCUCCGUAUUACACGUCAGCGUAUCAUUAAAAUGACUUUGAAGCUGUUAUUUUAAGGUUAAAAAAGUUGCCUAACAUUGCUUUAAAAACGGUAGUAGCUAAUCUUUUUUUUAUUGUUAUUCAGUUGUUUGACAUCUGUUUCUUCACCUUUAUUUAUCCAACACCUUUCUCGCACACGAUCAAGGUACUAUGGCAAAUAUCAAAUCAAAUCAAUUUUAUUUGUAUAGCCCAAUAUCACAAAUUACAAAUUUGCCUCAGUGUGCAAAAUGCAAAAUGUGAAUCGGUUGUGUGAACAUUUAAAGCCUAAAAAAAAAAACUAAACUAUUUUUUUUUUUUAGGGAGUUGUUCCUUAUCCGAUACGAGGGUCUAAGGCAGGGGUCCCCAAGAGGCGGCCCGCGGGCCACGUCCGGCCCGUGACGGGUUGAUUUAAUUUCUUAGUAAAAAUAAGACAAGUAAUAUAUCGAAAAAUAGAUGAAAAAUCUCUGUUUAAUUUAUAAUACCUGCAACGUAUCGACACCAAAACAAACUAACGAACAACAUGCUGCUGGAGGUUGAGUGGCCCGUGGUUUUAAAAGUGGCCCGCUAUGAAAAGUAAUUGGGGACCCCUGGUCUAAGGACAGGAUGUUGUGUUGCUGUAAAGCCCGAUGAGGCUACUUUGUGAUAAUGGGCUAUAAAAGAAAAAGGCUUGACUUGCCUUGACGGACAAGGAAGUCCUGGAGGCUGUGUAGCGCAAGUGCGGAUUGAGGCGUGACUUCGUCGUUUCUCAAACCAUAGUUCCAAAUGCCCGGACACACGGAAACCGGAGCUUUCAAAAAUCUGCUCCUUAGGCUGUGUGUUUAAUCUCCCUUUCAGUUACCGAAAACAUCGUUUGCCUGUGGACGGAAGGCCGAAACGCAUAGAAAAAGCUACGUUGAAAAAAAAAAUACCCGUGUUCGCGCGAACUAGGCCAUAUCCGGCUGUGCAAACAUCUGUGGGAUCUUGACUGCCCCCCAAUGGUUAGGAAUUUUAUAGCCCAAAAUAAUUAAAAUCAAAUUGGAUAUAAUAAUAAAUCAAACGUAUAUAGCGCGUUUCUGACACUCAGUCGCUUUACAGUAAACGGCGGUGAAACAAGACAACAGAUGAUUAAGAUAUGGUUAAUAAUACUGUUAUAUCCACAUCUCAUAAAACAAAGGCAGUUUAUCACUGACUUUUAACAUUUAUUUCCUUAAGAUGCUUAAACUCUGGCAAAUAUCAGCAGUUCUGGAGGGAGGGAGGGAAGAAAUGUAUCAUCUACAUCAGUGUUUGCAAGUUGUCAUAAUUCAAGAUGCUUCUUAACGUCAUGAAUAGUGGAAUUUCUCCUUUCAUGUGCAUGCUUAGAGUUUAAGAUUGGUCCGAGGUUAUAUCUUCUAGCAUUCAACUGUAUGAAAUUGAGUUGCAUGUGUACAGAUAAAACCUUUUAAUAAAGCAGAUUGCUGACCAAUCAAUGUUUGCCCAUUUUGUAUGCAAGGGUGUAUGUAUUGUCAUAGAGAACUACAUUGAACAUGCGACAGAUAAUUUAAUGUACUCCACAGACACUUGACAAUAAUUUUAUACUUACAGUACCCAUUUUGUUUAACAACGAAAAUAAACAACUCUAAA